AUGGUCGCCGUCGGCGCGCGGGGAGCAGUGCGUAGCAGCGCGGAUCUGAGGAUCUCGGCGUUGCGUUGCGUUGCGUUGUUCGCUCGUCGAGUGAUCGCCGAAAAAAGCGUCAUCGUCAGCGCACUCCAUUCGACGCAUCGACGCCGCGCCUCGCGUCGUCGCGCCGCCUCGCACUCGGUCUCGCUCGCUCCCGCCCUCGCCCGAACCGCGCCGACGAUGUCCACGGUCGCGUCCACGCUCUCGCUCUGCCGCGGCGUCGCCGCGGCGCGGAAGGCGUGCGCGCCCGGAUGCGCGUGCCACGCCUCCCCCGUCGCGAGGAAGCAGCGUUCCUCGCCGUCGUCGUCGUCGUCGUCGUCGCGCGUCGCGCUCCGCCCCGUGUCCAUGGCCGGCGCGGGACGCAAGCCGAAGGACGACGACGCGGACAAGCCCCGCGGAUUCCCGAGCGGCGGCGGCUCCUCCGGGAUGCGCGGCCCCGGCGCCGCGCCGCUUCGCAUGGAAAACGAAGACCAGAGAAAAUUCGGCUACGGCGGCGACGGGCUGCCCCCCGACGACUACGACGGCGACGACGAGGGCUGGGAGCCCGGCGGCGACGGCGGCGCGCCGUCGCAGACCGGCCUCUUCAUCCUCCUCGGCGCCGGCGCGUGGGCGCUGUGGGAGUAUAAGCGGCCGGGCGGCGCGUUGAACCCUCAGACCAAGAUCGACGCGCAGCGACGCGCGCACGAAAAGCGGCUCGCCGCGCGCGCGAAGCGACAGGCGGCGAUGCGUUCUGGCGGCGCGACGAGCACGAUUGAGUUCAAGUGAGUGCGAGUGAGAGAUGUGAUGACUGAGAUGCGACGACUGAGGCGGGGACCGGGGGUUAGCGGCGGGCGGGAUGGAUGACCCCCUAGCUUAGUCGCGCGCUUGUAAAUGUGUGACUCGACAC